GCAACUGAACGAUAUUUGCUUUGGUUGGUAGAGAUUGAAGUUUUCAGAUUUCUGUUAUAAAUCUUGAACGAAAUUGUAUUUUGAUUCGAGCCCGUGUGUAAUUUUGUGUGAAAUUGACGAGAUUGGUGUCAAAAUUGGAUCUUGAUGUGCGGUCUCGUGGAUUAUGAAGAACUUUAGGGAUUCUGAAACAAGGAGUGAUCUAGGUAUUCAAGUCUGAACUAUUUGUAAAUUUGGCGAAGAUUUCAAGUUUCAGGCUGGCUUUGGUAGUUUACAGCUCCUUUGAGUUCUUGGGUGUGUUCCAAAAGAAAUGGAUAGACUGUUGAUUGCUUGAUAUGCAAAUUCUCACACUCUUGUUGUUUUAAAUAAUUGAGGCAUUAGGAUUUGUAGGCUUUUCAAUGGUAAUUAGAAAGAUUUAUAAUUCAAUUCAUGGAGGGCGAAAUCCCUGGCUCAUAUGUACAGAGAACUCCACAAGUUCAUGUCGUUUCUGGAAAUUCUUCUUCUGAAAGGAAUCUACAUAACGUUUCAAUUCGAACUGGUGAGGAGUUCUCUAUGGAAUUCCUUCAAGACCGAGUAACACCUAAAGAAGCACAAAUCAGACCUGGAUUCGAUCCUGGUUAUAUGAAUAGAGUCGGGUACAAUGGUUAUCCUAAUUUUCAAGCAAGCUGUGAGGAUGUUACAAGUGUUAAUAAUCUACGAAGAUUGGAUUCUGACUGCAGUUCUGAUGUUUCCAAUGUUUCGAGCUCUUCUUUUGCCAAAGGACUUAAAAGAAGCAACAGCAAGGAAUGCCUUCAUAGUAUGGGCAGAAAUCCCUCAACAAAUGGGGAUAAAUUGACUGAAAAUUCAGCAGAAGAGUCUUGUGGAUCUUGUUAUCAGCAUCAUACUCAUGGGUGUGGAAUCUCAGAUAGUUCUAAUUCCAGCAAGCUUAAGUUCAUAUGUAGCUUUGGCGGAAAAAUCCUGCCAAGACCAGGUGAUGGGAAACUGAGAUAUGUUGGAGGCGAGAAAAGGAUUAUCUCCAUCUCGACUAGGCUUUCAUUAAGAGAACUCAUGCAGAAAACACUGAGUAUUUGUAAUCAACCUCACACAAUCAAGUAUCAACUUCCGGGAGAAGAUCUUGAUGCUUUAAUAUCCGUGUCUUCAGAUGAGGAUCUACAGCAUAUGAUAGAAGAGUAUUAUGGGCUUCAAAAGGCAGAUGGAUCUCAAAGGAUUCGAAUAUUCCUUGUCUCUCUAAAUGAUUCAGAGGGAAGCUCUCUAGAUCCGAUUAUUCUACAAAAUAACUCAGAAUAUCAAUUCGUUGUUGCUGUAAAUAAUGUUCCAGAUACAAAUACGAGAAAUGGAUACCAGUUAGAUGGUUCUUCAAGUUAUCGCAGAGAUUGUUCUUUUCCUCAGGGUGAUAUGAUAGAGGGAUUUGGUGCUCAAAAUCAAACCGAUAUGCUCGCAUAUAAUACUGGCUCUCAGUUCCCUUUUAAUGCAAAUCUAGGACAGAAAAAAGAGAGCAAACAUUCUCGAAAGCAAUCGUUUGAAGAUCAUAUGGUACAAAAUUAUCAUCAGGUGAGGGACUUGCCUUCACUUAAUCAAAUCGAAAGGGAAUUGGGUGGAAAUUUCUCUUAUGAGAAGCCAAUUAUUCAGGACAGAGGUUUCCAUUCCGAGAUGAUACGAAGGCAGCAGGAAGAUUCAUUAAGUUGGGUCUCUGGAUCGAAUGAUUCAUUUCAUCCUCAUCAAGGUAUUCCUCAUGCUUAUUCUGAUUCUUUGCUUCAAGAACAGGGAAAGGAUGCCUCAAUGGAGACAAGCACAUCCCAUUUAGACUUCACAACAUCACGAAAUAUAGAUUUCAGUAACCCACCAACCCUUCCCAAUGAAAUACAAGGUAUUGAAACUAAAGUAUCUCAGGUCAGUCCACAAGUCUCAGAAUUUUCUCAUCGUCCAGAAUCUCAUAGAAGAAGUGGUGAUGUGAACUCUUCGAUGGGUGUGAAGGAAUCCAUUCUGGCUCAGGAUAAGAACCUUUAUGCCAAUAAGACUAAUUUUGUUCCUGAUACUGCCGAUAAAUAUAUAUAUAUGAACCAUCAGCCUGCUGAUACUCGUGGUGGUCAUUUAUCUUCACUGGAGCUUGAAGCACUAGAAAGCUCUGUCUCUGCAUCUCCAUUCACUGCUCCCAAUUCUAGCUCAACGACUUCGAAAGAGUACCCUUUUGGAUGCCAAUUGGAUCAAAGCACGUCACAAAUUCAUAAUGAAGGGAAUAUAGAUUUGAUGGCUUUCCCCCCAAGUAAGGGAGUUGAUCAGAACAGGGCUAAGAAUUUUUAUGUAGUUGAAAAUUCAAUUGAUCUAACAUAUACCCCAUCUAGUGAUCCUAUUUCUUUCACUCCUGGAAUUAUGUCUCGGAACUUGAAAAAUGGAAAAGAACAAGGAAUCUCAAGUUCUAUGAACUCGGAUCCAUUUUGCAUAAUCUAUGACCCUCCUUCAUUCGCAAUGUUCCAAAAUCCAGAAAAGGUUGAAGGUUCGAGGGGAGAAAUUUCUCUCCUUGAUCAGGAUAUAUAUACUUACACUAAUUCAAACAUUGGGGACCCACGCCAUGAGAACUCUGAGUAUGUAAGCAAUACACAUGAUCGAAUUCCAAUUGAGGCAGAGAUGAUAGUAGAAGAUGUAACGGAUAAUGUUCCUCCUGAAAUCCCUGCUUCUGAGCUUAUUAUUCCUCAUGUAAUUGAUGACCCAGAUGAGGAUGAUGACCAAAAGCUCGACUCGGUUUGCGAGGAUGGUGAUGAAGGAGAUACAGAUGAUUCUAUAACAGAUCCUGUAACUGCAGAAAUAGAAGCUGGACUCUACGGCUUGCAGAUCAUUAAGAAUGCAGACCUUGAAGAGUUACGGGAAUUAGGUGCUGGCACGUUUGGAACUGUUUAUUAUGGAAAGUGGCGGGGAACGGACGUUGCAAUUAAGCGUAUCAAGAAAAGUUGCUUUGCAGGAAGGACGUCUGAGCAAGAGAGAUUGACGAAAGAUUUUUGGAGGGAGGCACAGAUCCUCUCAAAACUUCACCAUCCAAAUGUGGUUGCCUUCUAUGGUGUUGUUCCUGAUGGCACAGGAGGAACACUGGCAACUGUAACAGAAUUCAUGGUGAAUGGAUCACUGAGGCAUGUCCUACUCAAAAAGGAACGGAUUCUUGAUCGUCGUAAAAGGCUUAUAAUUGCCAUGGAUGCAGCCUUUGGAAUGGAGUACUUGCAUUCAAAGAAUAUUGUUCAUUUCGAUCUGAAAUGCGACAACUUAUUAGUAAAUUUGAGAGACUCACAUAGACCAAUAUGCAAGGUUGGAGACUUUGGGUUGUCAAGAAUUAAACGCAAUACCUUGGUUUCUGGUGGUGUACGAGGAACUCUUCCUUGGAUGGCACCAGAACUACUGAAUGGUAGUAGUAAUCGGGUUUCUGAGAAGGUUGAUGUCUUCUCUUUUGGAAUUGCAAUGUGGGAAAUCCUAACUGGUGAAGAACCUUAUGCAAAUAUGCACUGUGGUGCAAUUAUAGGAGGAAUCUUGAACAACACUCUUCGUCCUAAGAUCCCUGAUAGUUGUGACCCAGAUUAUAAGAAGCUAAUGGAGCAGUGUUGGUCACCUGAGCCUUCAGCUCGCCCUUCCUUCACUGAAAUUACUAGCAGACUUCGUGCUAUUUCGGCAACACUCCAGUCAAAGGGAACUACAAACAGAUAAAAGCAACAUCGAGUGUGUUUGAGAGUAGUAGCUUUAAAGAGUUUUGCAUUCUUCUCCUCUUGUCCUCUGGUAUAAAUAUAUAUUUGUUCUCUAUUCUUUUGUUCCCAGAUGUUGAGGAUUUUCUCCGGCAUGUACAUUAAUGUGUCCUACCAAUUCAGACUGGCACGGUUGAUAUGUAAACAUUUCCGCUUUUGUGCAGAGUACUUUCAUAUCAUCAUUGAGAAGAAGAUAGUAAAUCUA